AUGUCUCUCACCAACGAGGAAUGGGAGGAGAUCCGCCAGGAUAUCCCAUCGACUUCGGACCCUUUCCUUGCCAAGUACAUCAACGGCCGCGAGGCGCUCGUCGCCCAGGAACAAAAGUCUCGCUCAGAUGCCUCGUUCCGCGCCAACUCUUCACCGAUCGUCCGCCGGGCAGCUGCCAUUGUCGAUCGCAUCCGGGAGGAGGAGAAGAAGACGACAUGGAACGCUCAGGCCGAAGAAGACCUAGCGACGAGCGAGGGCAUGUCGCCCUUCCCGGGCAUGAUGUUCACUCUCGCGAAGCAACGCCUCGAGACGACCCGCCUGUGGCGCAUCGUACAAAAGAUGCCCAAGGGAUCGCUGCUUCAUUCCCACUUGGAUGCCAUGGUGGAUUUCGACUUCCUCUUCGACGUUCUGCUUAAGGAGCCCGGCAUCCACUUCGCUGCGGACAAGCCUCUGUCAAACGACAAUGCUCUGUCCACUUCUGGUGUUCACUUCAGAUUCAGAAACGCGGAGACCAGCGCCAAGCCUGUUUGGGAUGAGAGCUACGUCCCUGGAGAGUUCAGAUUGUUGACCAAGGCGGCGGAUGAGUUUCCUCAUGGUGGCAGGGCCGGGUUCCUCAAGUGGCUGAAGGGACGAUGCACCAUCUCUUUGACGGACAGCGUUGAGCAACACCAUGGUAUCGAUGCCAUCUGGCGCAAAUUCGCCGAUUGUUUCACGGUGACUAACACGAUCAUUCACUAUGAGCCAAUUCUGCGUGCCUUCUUGCGGAGACUCAUGGCUCAACUGCUGGCUGAUGGCGUCUACUGGGUUGAAGUCAGAUUCACCUGGCCACUUAACUAUUGUCGCACAAGUCAAGAAGAGCCGGAGAAGGACUAUAACCACAUGUUCCAGGUCAUCGACGAAGAACUCAAGGCUUUCAAGUCCGCAAACCCCACCUUCUGGGGACUGCGCACAAUCUGGACCACCUUGCGUAUCCUGCCUACUCGUGAGAUCAUCCAGAGCAUGGACAAUUGCAUCACGACCAAGCUUGCCUGGCCACACCUUAUUGCCGGCUACGACUUGGUCGGCCAAGAAGAUUUGGGCCGCCCUCUCCGCGAUCUUCUUCCCGAGCUUUUUUGGUUCCGCAAGCAGUGCGCUGAGGAGGGUGUCAACCUGCCCUUCUUCUUCCACGCCGGCGAGACGCUCGGCGAUGGCGACGACACGGACCAGAACCUCUUUGACGCCGUGCUGCUCGGCACGCGCCGAAUCGGUCACGGCUUUUCGCUCUACAAGCACCCGCUGCUUAUCGACAUGGUCAAGGACAAGCGUAUUCUCGUCGAGAGUUGCCCCAUCAGUAACGAGGUGCUUCGUCUCUGCGGCUCCAUCAUGUCGCACCCGCUGCCUGCGCUCUUGGCUCGCGGUGUCCCCUGCACACUCUGCAAUGACGACCCCGCGAUGCUCGGCCAGGACACGGAGGGCUUGUCUCACGAUUACUGGCAGGCUCUGCAAGGAUGGAAGAACGUCGGCCUCGAGGGGUUGGGGUCGCUCGCGGAGAACAGUGUUCGCUGGGCCGCGUUCGAGGACGAGACCCCUGCGGAGUGGACUGCAGGCGUCAAGGAGGCGAGCCUUGGAUCUGGAGUCAAGGCUGAGCGACUGAGGCAGUGGGCAACCGAGUGGGAGAAGUUCUGCCUCUGGAUCGUCGAGGAGUACGGAGACGAGUCUGAAAAAGCAUGA